GAAUGAGUGAAUGCAAGAAUAAUAACAUGACACAGCUGUUUUUAUCGUGAUAGUUGUAAUUGUACGUAUGUUUGAAAUUUACUUCACAUUUUAAAAAAAAAACUGCAAUGAUUACCACAUGGCAUAUUCAUACAGUUUUGAUUUUUAGCCUUGAUUAUUUUAUAUGACAACAACCUCCGCAGUUUAGGUUAGUAAAAAAAAGUGAGUUUUUUAAAUUUAAAUGCUUUUGAGGUGUUGAGAUGAGAGUUUUCUAUUUUAAAUUUGACUGUUACUAUAUAUUUAAAAACAUAAUAAAAUUAAUAAUACUCUAUCAACAUGGAGCCUAUGUAUAUCAGUUUGACAAAACGUAUGCCUACUACUCUCAUAAUAAAAUGAAUAUUAUUAUGAUUAUUAUAAUUUCAUCAUUCAAACUUCCAGAUUCUUUUCAGAGGUUUGGGUCUGAGUAUUCAAUACCCCACUCUUAGAAAUUUUGAGAUUUAAAAGAAAAUUUUAUGUGUGCACCCCUUUUUAUUUUACAAAAUUAAUUUAAUAUGCAACAAAGGUCUAGAAUUUUAAAAAAAGGUAUUCAGACAGUAGAUACUUUGGUCAAAAAUGUAAACAUUUUUUAAAAAUAAACCAAUGGCACAGUUGAAUAGAGCUAAUUUUAAACAGAAUUAUAACACCAAAAUCAUAUUUUUAGCUGUUGUAGUUUUAAAGUUAUGAAUUUUUAAAGUACGACUUGGUUUGUCAUUUUUUAACAUGGACUGCAUCUCCACAUUCUGUGACCUCAUUCCACUGAUCGCGUCAUGCGCAAUGACUAUAUAGUUUAUAUAAGGCAACGCAUUCCCUAUCACUAAAAUACUGUUUAGGGUCGACUUAUUUUAAACUUUCAACUUUGGCACAUGAAUAAUUAAUAAAAGCUUUCCCUGACCAAUGGUUUAAUAGCUUUUGCACACGGCAAACUCUUAUGAAUGAAACUCUGAGAUAGUACUACGACGUAGCCGUUAUGCAAGUGGCUGUGAAUGGUUGCCAAUGACAACGUGUUGCACAGGGAAAAUUCUGAUCAUUUAUAAUAUGGACUCUGCAGGGUUUUUAAAGCUCAAAUUAAAACAUUUCCAGUUUAAAUGUCUUCAAAAUGCAUUCUGAAACACAAAAUAUAAAAUAUUUUGAUGUAUAUAGUGGUAAUAAUUAAAUAUUUCCUAAGUAUCGGCAACUUCCGCCAUUAAAAAGGGGGCGUGGCCCACGCCAUGUCGAAAUUAGGCUGAGCCACCUUAUGGUGAUAUGGGUCACUGUGACAAGUGUAACAAACGUGAGACACGACCUACAUCAAUGAAACUUGGCACAGAUAUAGAUCAAUAUCUAAUGCUCAUACAGAUUUAAUCAAAAAGGACCUUAUCUUAUUAUUUCACAAAAAAUUUUGUAUGCGAAGAUGCCUUAUAUAUACCAAAGAUUUUCAAAAUAAAGGUCGAUUGAAAAAAGCAAAAUAGCUGGCUAGAAAUGUAGGCCAAGAUGUCUUCCAAAUUAUAAGGCCGGAAACGGAACUCAAAUAUAUGUGGAAAGAACUAAUUUAAUAAUAAAUAGACACACACAUCGGAAAAUUAAAAACUCGGAUUUUUCGGCGCCGACAGCCAUUUCCGAUACAAAAAAAAUAGUAGUCUCCCUUGUUUCAUCGAAGUAUCUACAGACAGGUAUUGAAAAAUUGCUUUGAUUGAAAAUGAAGCGUCACAAUUUUGUAAGAGAUAUUUGAUUAGUGAAUUGAAUUUAUUGAAACAUUAAUUUUAAAAUAUUUUUUUUAGGGGGCGUGGUUGGUACGAGGAAGGAUCAUGCCACACCCUCUUGAGGAUGUGUGAUGCCACACCCUCAGUAUACCUUUGACUAUGGGGUUGGAAGAGUAACUUUUUGUACAAGGUGGUGGAAGAGGUGUAGACCAAUUUAAAAUAUUCAAAAUCAUGAAAACCCAACUUACAGUUUCAUAAAAUACACUUUUACACACUUUAUUGCAGGCUCAAUCAUAAAAUAAAAUCCAUAAGUUAUCAGAAAAAUAAAUACCCAUUCCAAGAUGCCGGAAAAAUUUUACCUCGUUUCAAAUAUUGUCUUAUUAAUCACCUGAUAAAAUAUUAAUUUAAAACAUUCCAUUGCAUUGAUAUUUAAGAAAAAAAAGAAAAGUUAACUCUAGUAACAAGCCAAUAAUAAACAAAAGGGAGAGAAUCCUACACAAAAACCCAAAGGUGCAUGCUGAACAGAAAUAAGGCAAUGUGUGCUUAUUAUUUACUUUUAUAAAUUAUGUGUGGUGUUAAGUGAUUUUUUUUUUUACAUAUCUUUAAUAAUCAGGCCUAGGUACAAAUAAUAUAAAGCAUCAAAAUGGCAACAAGUAUAUAUGAUGUGGACUUGCCAGAUUGGAGGCUUAAAGAAAUCCUUGAUGUCGCUAAUGAAUGGACUAUAUGCAAUGGUAAGCUUUUCUGAUAUCAACUUGUUAUUGGCAUUAAACCUGUAGUUGUCAAAUGUAUCAUUUGGCGAAUCAAAAGACUUGUUAAAUGGUUUAAAGAUUUUGUGUAUGUGACAUCACUAAAAUGGUUCUUCAUCCCCCCCCCCCCCCUUAAUCUCUCCCACAAGAAAUAAUUGAUCCCCCACGCUUUUUUUUUAACGUUUAAUUAAAAUGUAUCAUUUGGCGAAUCAAAAGACUUGUUAAAUGGUUUAAAAAUUUUGUGUAUGUGACAUCACUAAAAUGGUUCUUCCUCCCCCCCCCCCCCAUUAAUCGCUCCCACAAGAAAUAAUUGCUCCCCUAAGCUUUUUUUUUAACGUUUAAUUCUCUCUAGCCUACAUCUUUCUGUCUAUUGAAAUCCUUAAUCUCCUGACUUAACUAUUGGAUGACUUUAAAUUCAAUUAAGAAUACUCAUCAUCAUUUGGAUUAAAGGUAAAAUAUUAAUAUUACUUAAAUUUUCUUGCAUAAAUGAUUUAUCUGUUGUACCAGGUGUAAGCAUCAAGUCAGGGGGUGAAGGUGUUGAAGCCAGGAAAGCUGUCAGUGCUCCUUAUAGUUUAUUUCCGAGUGUGGUGCCAGCAUCAAUCCUGCAGCAAGCAAAAUCUUCUAUGGUCCACUUCAAUCGUCUUAUGCACAAGGUUGCCCUGGAUCACGAUUUUCUAGAGGAGUCUCUAAAGAAGUAUGUUUAUAAAGGAAUUGCAGCAUUCAGUGUAAUUUUUGUUGACGUCCAUCCACCUGUCUGCAAAAGAUGUUAUUGUAGUCUUGCUGGAAAACUGUCCAGUGAAACUAGAGUUGUCUUUUAAAUGGAGCAUCAUCCGCUGGUGAAUCCAAUCAAAUUUCAUUCAAUAAUCAGUGUUAUUAGUAACACUGUUUAUCUAUCAUUCAGAACUGCAAACAUAUUUUAUUUCUUUUAAUGGCUAAUACUGACAUACAAAUAUAUUUUAUCUCAGGAUGUUGCCAGUUAUGAACUUUUGACAAUUCCUAAAAUUUGUAAAUACUAACAUAGUAAGCUUGGUUGGUAACAAACAAUUCAAACAGAAAUUUGUAAUUUUCAGUGUUAUUAAAGCUGAUGACUUUAUGGAAAAUUUAUGGAAUAUUUACCUGAAGGUGCGAGACGCAGGAGUAAAACAGGUAGGCACAUCAUGACCACUGUUUUUUAAUGAAUAUCAGACUUAUUCCUUUAAUGGUUUAUUAUUUUUUAACUAGAACUAGUUUUAACUAAAAACUAGUUGUUUUUUUUUACCUAGAAAUAAUUUUAACUAGAACUAGUUUUAGCUAUAACCAGUUGUAACUAGUCUUUUUGAUUUGCAGCUGAUCUAAGCCAGCAAUGUUUUGUUUUAAUUAAUUAAAUUUUUUUAUUACACACACAAGAUGCACAUUGCUGGCUUAGAACUUAGAAAAGCUUAGAAACUACUGUGUGAUAAAUAAGUUUUAAUUCAAAGAAAACCUGUGUCAAAUAGGGAUUGCACUAUAUUUACUUUAUUUCUGAAACAGUUUGAGGUUUAUUUUGAGUGUUAAAUGUGAAAUUCAUUAACUUUUUAUUUGUUUUUUAUUGCAUCAGUUGUUCUCAUCAUUUGUAAGUUGUGAGUUAUGUCAGAAGAUAACACAUGUAAGGAUGCCAAACUUUUAAUCUAAUAAAAAUGAAACUGCUUUUAGCCUGUGUUCAGUACCUAACAGAACCACAGAAUUUAGUAUCAAAGCUCAAUAGCUUGCUCAUUUAGAACAUUAAAAUAGUGAAUUUUGGUGACAUAGAAUGACUGCAAUACUGUAGCAAAUUGUUAAUACAUCUUUCUUUUCCAUCAGCCUUAUCACCUAGGUCUGUUCCGCAAUGAUUUCAUGAUGAACUGCCUGAAUAAUGUAGGUCCCGGAGAAUUAGUCUCAGCUGAUCAGCUUGAGCUGAAACAAAUUGAAUUCAACGCCAUCUCUUCCAGUUUUGGGGGCCUUUCAGAACAGUUGGGUCACUUGCACAGGUAAAAUAAAUAUUUAUGUCUGAGUUCAGCUAGGUCAAACAAGCUAUAGGUAAUGUUCGUCUAAGAAUGGAUAAUUCAGUCUCACUUGUCAGAUCAAUAUUUAUCUGAGUAGAUCAAGUUUAAAUUUGCUGAAAGUUGAUAAUAUUAUGUAGAAGGGGAAUGUUCAUAUUUUGUCUCAGGUAAGAUUCGGUUGUGUUAUCUGAAAAGGUCAGGUGAAAAUUUUCAGAAUGCAACCCCAUUUAAAUGGAUAUUAUAUGUGGACACAUGUAAAUACUAUUUUGAUUGAUUAAUAUAUAUUGGGGUCCAUUUAAAUUUAGGCAGAACAGACAAUAAAACAUUUGAUUAGAUUUGUCAACAGAAUUGUCUUUAUCAGUUUCGACUGAGACAUAAAAAGCACCACAAUGUAUGUUUAUUAACUCUGUGCUGUGCAUAACAUUAUAUUUAGCAAAAUAAAUGAUAAAAUGUGAAUGAAUGUUAUUUAAUUUUUGUGAGAAAGAAAGCAAGGAGAUAACAGCAAGUUUGAAUGAAAACAAUGGAGAUGUGUGGAAUGUGUGUCAGUUAUUGUGGCUGUUUGUUGACUGUUUGAAUGUUAGAUUGUUCCUCCAGCUUAUGUCAUGGCAUCUCAUUUAAAUGAAUCUGGAGACUGAAGCAUCAGUGGAGGAGGAAUGCAUCAAUAUCUUUCUUAAUAUUUCAUAAAUACUUACUGAAGCAGUCACUUAACUGACAGCCUAUUUCUUCAGCUGUGAUGUCACUUGCAUUUAAUCUGAGAUUGCUACUAUAAUAUAUUAAAAGGUGUGAGGGGCUAAUGUGUUGACAGCCAUUUUAUAAUCAGAGACAGUUUAGUGCCUGGAAAAUGCCACAAAGUUUCAGUUGUAUUUCAAAAUUAAAACAAUUUUCUAUUGAUUUUUUUAUUUUGUUCUGCAAUUUGGUUAAUUUGAAAAAAUUUCACCAUUUAGCACCAAAAGUGCUUAACUCUUUCAUUGCAGAACUUUUUAAAUGAAAGAAUGUACAUUUUUUUUCAAAAAACAAAAAAAUAGAGUUUGGAUUUAUUAAAAAAAAAUAUUUAAAAUAUUGUUGUAUGGUUUAUUUAACUUCUUUCUUCAGUGUAACUAAAAUAAGUAACAGAAAAAAAACUUAAACUGUGAAAACAUGAUAUGCAAAACCAUUUUUUUCCCCAAAUCCUUUGAUGUAGGCUUGCAAUCAUCUUCACAGCUAUCUUAAAUCGUCUAAAACUACUACUAUCAGAAUCAUGCGAUAGAUCUAAAUCAACUUCACUAUCAAUAGAAAUAGUAUAAAACAUUUCCAAAGCUUUUUGAGCUGUUAAUCAUCUAGGAAACUUACCCCACUAGGGCCCAGGGUAUCCAUAGCAACAGUAUUGAUAGAGAAAAAACUGCAAAGAAUAUUAAUAAAAUAAUGCUUCAAAUGACAACAAGUAUACCUUGGCUUCGCAACAAUGAAGUACCACUCUUCUCUGUAAAAGUCUAAUUAAAAAUAAAAAGAUUAACUGAGAAAUAGCAAAGAAACAAACAUGAUAUUGAAACAACAAACAGUGCGUUGGCCCGUGCUUUUUGGCACGGCGGAUGAACUUACUGUGCAUCGGAAGAGUUGUGUUAGAUGUUUUGUUGUUGUCCGCAGCCAAUGGUCUUUGCAUGAUUACCACUAAUUAAUCUGAAUCAUUUUUUUGUGCUUAUGUUUGAAUGAAGCAACUUUAAUUAAAAUGUAUUUUUACAAAAUUUCUGACAGACUCACGCUUAGAAUGUGUGGCAAACAGUUUGACUCUGAUCAGGUUAGGCUCAUUAUAUCCUUGUUAUCAUUCAUUGUUGUCAUCCCUUGUUACCAUCCAAUGUUAUCAUCCAUUGUUACUUUCAUUUCUAUUACAUAUACAAGUGAUAUAAAUUAUUUUCUCUUGUAACUUUCACGUUUUUAUUUCUUAUGAGUAGGAAAGGUUUAUAUCAUGUUAUAUUUCAUUUAGUUUAAGUCAAUUGGUUUGUGUUAAAUAUUUGAGACAAACAUUUUCAUUAGAUGAUAAAGCUAGAAAUCAAACAACUUGUUGCGGCAGGAACCAGCUGACAUUGGGAUAUAAAAUAAAUAGAACUAUGUUCUUCCCAUGAGUUUAAAGCCCUAGGGAAGAAUAUUAAACCCAGAGCCCUAAAUAGAAUAAAAUUUAUCAUCCUGUGCCAUGUGCAUUAUUGCAGAAAGAGAUGGGGAAAAGCUCCUGCUAAGUGUUUUUAUCUAGAAUUUAGACAUGUCUAGAGCCAUAGUCAAAAUUAUCUACUUCAUCUUCAACUCUGCAGCUCAGGGCUAAGUAAACAAAAAAUUACUAUGUUUGCAGAUUCCUGAAAAUAGGUCUGCAACAGGAUUAGCUCAAGGAUUAGCAGCUGCCUGGGAUCUUUAUGGUAAUCCUAAGUAAGAGAUAUUUGUCUGAGAUAUUUGUAUGAAAGAAUUGUAUUUUACUAUAUUAAAAUGUGUAAUAUGAAACUAAUAAUUGUCUGCAUAAGAGUAAAUUAUAAGGGCUGUUCUGUGUACACAAUGUUUCAAGUUGUAGAAUCUCUUUUAGUCUUGCAAGCUCACCAAGGAUGUAAUCCCAUAAAUCACUAUAUUAAGGUCCUCCUUUAAUUAGUUCAAGGAGGGUAUUUAUUGAUUUUUCAGAUUACUGCAAGUAUUAUUGCAAUUUUGGUGGAAUGUUCAAAUGGACAAAUUUAUGAAAAUUUAAAAUAAUUUUCUACUAAAUAACUCAGACUUUUAAUUUCCUUAAGUGAAAACAUCCUUGACAGUCUGAUAAUUUUGUCUUUUUCAAUUCCUCCCUUAAAUUUAAUUUUGUUUUGUUCCAUACAUUUUAUUUACAAUAUUUUUUAUAAGCUUGUGCUUGUACAUAGCCCAAGAGUAAGGGAGCUUGAUUCCAUCUUAAAUAUCUUGCCUGGCUGAAUUUAUUUUGUUACAAAUUUGGCUUGGCUGAAAUAAAACGUCUGGUCUCUUUUGAAUCUCAUCAUUGAUUUUCCCAUCCAACUGUACGAAUAUUGUUCUUAAAUUUAAAAAAUAAAUAAUGUAUAUAUAUAUAAUUUUAGUAAUUUUUUCAACAGGCAAAGGUAAAUUAGUGAUAUUUUUCUGUUAUACAGAGCAGUUUUGUUGUACCUGAUUAGCAGUGAUGAGAGGAAUGUUAUCGACCAGCGCUGGUUGGAAUUCAAAAUGUACAACACUCAUCCACAGAUUCGAGUGCUACGAAGGACACUUGCAGAACUCAGUGACAAUGGAAUACUGCAAGGUGAUGGUAGAUUAUUUCUGUAAGUUGGAGGCUUUGAAUCAUUGAUUCCUUGUGUUAAUUAUUCUAUUCAAAUAAGUUUGCACCAGCACCUUAGGGUGAAACUAUUGUCAAGAACACCAGGCGGAAAGGAGGAACACUCGCACCCGUUCUAGUUUAUGAAACGAGUAAUACCAGUGGAAACACAAUUAUGUCAUGUAGAAUAUUAUUCCAAAGGGCUCAGCGCUCUGUUUUAUAUACAAAAGCCUCAUGAAGAUGCUUGAACCUUUUCACCAGCGACACAUAAAGCUCACAAUGGGCAUGAAAUGGCCAGGUUACAUAGAGGUGUUAGUAGUAGCUAGAAUGGCGUUAAGGCCACCGUUCCUACAAGACAGCCACAUUUGGCAGGGCAUGUUGCUCCCAUGGGAGACCAUUGACUUUUCUCAUCUGUCUUAGCAUGGGUUUUUACACUUUGUUAGUAAUGUGAAACUACCUAGAGUAGGCCAGGGGAAAUCCGGGCAGCUGCCUUUUUUUGUGUGUGGCAGUGUGCUAAGAAAAUUUUCAAAGUUAACCUUAUGUGGCGCUCCAAUACUUCUGCCUUUGCUUGCUGUUUGAAUGGCCUCUGCUUUUAUGACAAGCUAUAUUCUGAAUUUGUUAAGGAAAAAAAAUUACAGUAAAUGUUUUCAUUUUGUUUAAAGGUAACUUAACCUAUUUAUAUAUUUUUAUAAUAAUCUUCACAUUUGAUCAGAUAAAUAAUGUGUCACUUGUCUAAGACUUGAAUGUCAGUUGGAUGCAUAUUUUUUGUUAAAUAAUGCUAUGAAGUUUUUAUUUAUGACUCAUUUGAUGCUUCAUGAUUUCUUCCUUUCAUUUCAGUGGUAAUGAUGAGGUUGCUGUGGUAUACAUGAGGGAUGGUUACACAGCAGAAAAUUAUCCAACACUUAAAGUUAGACCCAGGUUUUUUUAUAACUGUUUAUCUAAAACAAAUAUUGGAUAUUUAAUUGUUGUUUUCAUCCCUAUAAGAUUUGAACCAAGCUGUACACCAAUGUUUUUUGUUCUGUGUUAAUUUUUCCAAAUAAUAUUUGAUGUAAGUAAAUUGUAUAUUGUGAAUGACGAAUGUGAAGCCUGUAAAGUCUGCCUUACUCCGGAUGUAAUAUUCCUCUCCCAGGAAUGGGAUGGCCGACUGAAGAUGGAGUUAUCCACUGCCAUCAAAUGUCCGUCUAUCCAGUACCAGUUGGUGGGGUCCAAAAAGAUUCAACAGGAACUGGCUCGCCCAGGCGCCUUAGAGAAGUUUAUAUCUGACCCUGCAAUUGUGCAGUCCAUCAGAUCAACAUUUGCUGACUUGUAUAGUCUUGACCUGGUCAGCAAUAACCAUUACAUUCUUAGAGUUAAUUUAUCAAGUUUUGCCAUUUCAGUUUCUCUCUUAGCACUUGAACAUAUUUGCCAUGAAAGAAGCAAAAAAUAGUUGCAUUUUACAAAAAUUUCAAUUAGAAAUUCAAUAAUGUAAGAACUUAAUUUCAAAUGUCUUUAAAAGAUAAUUUUAAAAACAACAACAUAUUAUAAGACUUACUAGAGAUUUUAAAAUUUAUCCCACCAAAACUGAGGGAAAUCCUUAAAAACUUCAAAUAAUGAGACUGUCAGGUGUUGAACACUUUCUCGUAGUUUAAUUUUAAAAAAUUAAUACAAAUUUCAGGGCGAAGAAGGGGACAUUGCUGUAGGAAAGGCUUUGGCAGCUCCUGACAAAUUUGUUCUUAAGCCGCAGCGAGAAGGAGGCGGUUAGUCUUGUUGAAGUGUUAUUAAAUUACUUUGCAUUCAGUUUCAUUAAACAACAUUAGCUAGGUACCAGGAUUUUUUUAAAGUUAUUAAGCUAAGUUUAACGAGACUGUCAUGGUCUUACCAUGUUGCCAAAUAAACAUUAUUUUUUUCCCACACAGGUCACAACCUCUACAGUGAAGCCAUAACCAAUUUUUUUACCACAUAUAGUAAUUCCAAAGAGCGUGAAGGCUACAUUCUCAUGCAGCGCAUCUUCCCGUGGCAGCAAAAAAAUUACCUCGUCAAAGCUGGAGUCCCGUUUGUUUUAUCCAAUGUUGUUAGUGAGGUUGGAAUCUACGGAGUUUAUUUAGGGUGAGAAUCUGGUUUAUGAAUUUUUAAACUGAAUGAAAUUUUUAUUUCAUUUCAGAAACAAUUACAUUAGUUACAAAACUUAUUUAGGUGACUUUACUUAGCCAUUUGUAGCUGAAAAUAUUUGACCCCGAUCACAGAGGUUUGCAGGGCACAGGAGAGAUGUGUAAGCCAUGAGGUUUCCACAUCAUAGCUCAAAAGUCUUUUAUUCUACGCACCUGACUUUUUUUAAAACAGUGUGUGGUUAGAUACAGGGCAGUUAGGUAUUUGUUUGGAUCAAGCCCCGUGUCUGUUUUAUUAUUCCCUGCUGUGAAAGGUCAGCAACCUGAGUCUCAUGCAGAUCUUUGCAGGGAUAGAUGCAGCUCUUUUUUUCUUUUAAUUAUCUGUAAUGAUAAUUGAAAAAUCCAACCCUGCCUGGGGAUUCAAAAAAUAUUUUCUUGGCAUGAUUUAAUUUACAAAAAUGGCUCCUUAUUCAGUAAAAGUUCCCGACCUCUUGGUUAAGGCAUCUGUGUAGGACAAUCUUGCUAAAAUGUAUCUGCCUAUAUUUCAGUCUUAUUUUUUUUUAUCUCACCCUCAACUCAAAUUUUAUGUCCUAGGUCAGAGGCUGAAGAAAAACAGAAUUAUGAAUGUGGUCACAUGUUGCGGACAAAAAUCUCUGGUACAGAUGAAGGAGGAAUCGUUGCAGGAUUUGCUGUACUAGAUACUCCAUUUCUUGUAAGCUAGAUAUUCUCUUAUUUUGGUUUCUUUUUAUUUUUGUUUUUGUGAUAAAGGAAAGUGAAUUAAUUGAAAAAGAAGAUUGGCUCAAAUAUCCUGAAGCAUUUUUUAUUAGAGGUUACUUGCAUCUAAUUAUUGCCAGGACAAGGCUAUUGAUAAUUAUAUGUUGUUGUUUUUUAACAACAUUGAAAUGAUGUUGUUCUAUAAAUAAAUAUAUUUUAUACUAAGGAGAUUUGGAUUUUUUUCAAAAAUCCCCUAUUCAGAUUUUUUUGCCAGUUUAUCCUUUUAUUUGUGGGGAGGUGCUCUUGUCGCCACAAUGGACUGUUUGUGUGUUCGUCUUUAGUCAAUUCAUUCCCAAACUAUUAUGAAUUGUUUCUUUUCCUUUAAUGGCUCUGAGAUGUACCAUUCAGUGGAGUGAAACCUGAAUUUUGAAAUAUUAAAAAAUUGUUAGCUAAAAAGGGCUGAAUUUUAAAAAAAAAAAUGCAAUUAAUAUUGUAAUACAUUUGCAAAUUAUUUUAAUUAUAAUUUUGCUUGUCAUAUUGCAAGUAAAGAAAUACAAACAACUAUGUAAUCAUUUUUUCAGCUUAAAAAUUUGACUAUUAAAUUACAAAUGUUCUACAUAACCCUCAAAGAUCUUUCGAGUAUAUUUUUUUAGAAAUUUAAGUACAGAUAAGUAAUAUCUUGUAAAAUGUUGCUAAUGUUAUGUAAUUUUGUAUUAAGCUGUACUAUUUAGUAACUAUCUAUUUAUAUGUAAAAGAAUAUAUUUUCUAGCCUAAAAAUGCUAGUUGUAUGUAGUGUUUUUAUAAUGAUAAAAUUGUUUCCUAAAACCUGCAAUCAACUUUAAAAUGUAUUUUUACUGAUAUGCAAGAUACAUUGUAAUCUUUCUGAUUAAAUAUGAUCUACUUAUAUA